GUGUGAUCAAAAAAUAUGUUCGCCUGAGAACGAUUAAAAAAGUGACUUCGGCUUGAAAGUAGGCCACAAUUGUGUACAGAGGCACCCAUAUAACACAAAGCGUAUCGCGUAAUUCGAGUGCACUUCGGAGUUGCGGUGAAUUUUGCGUUUUUACCUCCAUUCAGGACGACAACAUUUUGUGCACUUGUGUCAAGUUUCUGCUAGUCUGCUGUUUUUCUGAAGUUUGAUUUCCGCGAGAAAUAUCAAAAUUGUGGUGAUUUGAGCGCCGCAAAUGCGGAUCAGGCUCGCGAAGUCCGCGAUUUGCCAUUAUGAGUCACCGGAACAGCGAUAACAACGCUUCGUGGGGCAGUCGAAGUUCUCGCAACAAUGACAGUGGUGGGAGUGGAGGAGGUUAUAAGGAGCGCAGCUGGUCCGGAAAUCGCUACGCUUCCGAUAAUCGGUACAACAAUAACAACAAAGACCGCCGGAAUUAUCGCAGUUACGGUGGUCGGAACGAGCGACGGAACUAUGACGACCGAAGGGGCAAUCCGUAUCGCAAUAACAGCAGUUGGACUAGCAAUGUCGGCAUGGAAGGUCCGUACAUGUCACAUUCAAGGCACCAGAAAAAUUGGCAUCAGAACCGGAAACCGGAUAAGGGAAACACGUACGACGCCCAGAUAGCGCAGCCGAAUGCAAAGGCACACGAUAGCGAUCCCGAGGAAGGGGAAAUAGUGUCGAAUGAUUCUCAAACAAACGCGGUUCCCAGCAAUGGAGGACCCGAUAGCAAGGACUGUGAGCCGGCAAUAGGAAUAAACCCUGACGAAGGUAAAAAUGAUAACCAUACUAGUCCCAGUGAAGAAUUUCAAGGUUUUCCCGAUGUCGAUCCACCAAAGGCACCGAACGGUGCCAAUCUAGAGAACAAAGACAUUGAUUUGUCCGUAAAGGAGCCGUCGACAGUGGACAAUAAACUGGACAUGAUUCCACAGGAGAAUGAAUUGAUAAAAUUGAUAGAAGAUGAAGCUUUAAAAAUGAUAACCGACGCAGAGCAACCGUCUUGUUCGAGUUCGCUGCAAAACGUUGCGCAAGAAAGUACUGCACAAGCAACUGCUUCGAUGAGCUCCACUCAGAAUCCGGAACGCCGUUCGACCAUUGAUGCUGAGCAAGUUACGCGAAAACUGAUUAAUCAAUUGACUUCGAUGAACAAGUACAGCCUAAAACAAAUGAUUAACAAUCCCGACAGCAAGUACGAAUCCGUGCUCAAAACUCACGCACGACAGAAGCUUCGCGCGGAGGUGCGUCGGCAAUUGCGCAACUUUAGUCUCAGCGAAAAUUCAGCACAAACGAAAACUACCUGCGGAAUGCUCGAACCGGAUGAAUGCGUAGAUUCGGAUAAAAUUCCAGAUGCUCUACUGGAGCAAAUCGGUAAAGUGCUAGAUCUUAAUCUUCUAGAUUUGAGUGUCGGAGAGGAGCAACCUGUAGUGGUACCGGCAGGGUCGGUUGAAGAUGACGACUGUGCCAUUAAUCAGAGUGAUGCAGACUAUUCCGCGGCGGAAGUACUUGAUAAAAAUCUUCGCCUGAACGAUGACGACGGUCAGCUGCAUCUGGAUGCCGAGGACAUUUUCGCGCGUGCCGAAAUGUUGCUCAUGAAGGGAAGCGGGGCCGGUUUGCCGGGAAGUUCCUCGGCACCAAGCUCGCCAACCGAGGAAAUGUUCCCCAACGAUCAGAUUGAUUCUAUCGUAAGUGAAGAGAGUGGAUAUGACAAGACAUUGGAUUUGAAUGGAAGUUCCAAUGGGGAGAGCAAAGAUCAAAGUAUCAAAGAAGAUCCUCCGGCAAGUGCGGAAUUCACUUGUUUUCUGAGAGUUAGCACGGUGGAAGAAUUGAAUAAAAAAGUUGACAACGUUUCCGUACCGAUUGAGGUGGAACCAGCAUGCCCUAUGGAAAUCAUCGACGACCCCCCAAUAGUUUUGCCAGUUGCCUUGGAAAAUUUGUGCAACACAGUCGUUAGCGAGCCUCCGGAAUUUCAAUCUCAAGAUAUACCUGCCGAACCAGUCCCACAAGAAUCUUUACCUGAUGAAACGCCCACUAUUAUAGAAGUUAUACAAAGCCCGAAAACUGAGACAACAGUUCAAGAAUUGGCGGAACAAAUCGAUAAUUCAGCGAAACCAUCAGUAGAGGAUUCGCCUUUCGUUGCCGCUGCUGAUGAACCAAAAUUGGAAACGAUUUCCCCGCAAGAAGAGCCUUCUAAUCAACCGACAAUUACUGAGGUACCUUGCUCGGCUGCACCCAGUAUUGUGCUGGAACAAACCCCUGAGAUUACAACAGUCAACAUAACUCGGCCACCUCUGCAACCCGAGCUGCCAGUCCGCAAAUCCAAAAGUUCAAAAAAUUACAAACCGAAUCUAGUACAGCACGAGCAACCAAAACGAGACAGUAAAUACUCCUCAUCGCGAUCUUCAUCAAGUACAGCCACCGCCCCAAACAGCAAUCCUCUGCCCGUAACAAAUAAACCAUACAAGCCAGGACCGAAUCUCGCAGCUCUAAAACAGACUGGUAAACAUCAAGCUGGCAGCAGCAGUACCAAUAAAACAACCAUCGCCGACGAUGGCAAUAAGGAACAAAAAAAUCAAAAGAAACGUGAUUCCAGCAGCAGCAACCAGUUGGCACCUACUGGCAACAGCUCCGCAGCAGCCAGUCCAAGCAAAAGCACCGGACUAACCCUACUAGCCGAGGAAAUGCAACAGUCCUCGCGGUCCACAUCUCCUUCGCCGUUGAAAUCCGUUGCUAACCGACCGAAAACACCCGGUCCCAUGGUAACGUCGCCGGACUCCGAACCGAAAGAGAAGAAGAAGAAGCGAAAACGCAGCCGCAAAAGGAAGAGCCUUCCGGAGGACAUCGGAGGUAUGAUGCUGGAGUGUGACCUGCGGGUAUCACGGCCGACCGUUACCCCAACACCGCCGCCCGUUCAGCAGCAGCCACGGGAAACUGCUCCAGUCAGUAACACCAAGCGUAACAGUGAGCCGGAACGCGAACCAAAACCUAUUCGAGAGACCCGGGCCCGGUCGGUGGAUCCCAAAAUGAUCAGUGAUUCGAAGCGGGACAAGGAUAAGGAACGUGAUCGUUACAGGGAAAAAUCCCGGAACAGGGAACUGGAUGAACGGAAAGAAAGUGAGCGUGAGGCAAGAAGGGAGAAAAAAGAAGAACACCGACGAGAGAAGGAGAAGGAAAAGGAGAGCAAACGAGAAAAAGAUACUGAUAAGGCGAAGGAAAAGGAGAAGGAAUUCGCUCCGAUUGUUGAAGAUUGCUUGACGAAGGGUGGUAGCACCCCACAAAUGGAGCUACUCGUAGUCAAACCUGAACGGGAGAGGAAGAAGUCACCAACGCCGGCCAAAUCGAGUUCAAGAUCAUCGGUUGACACGAACAAACCCCUUAAAGAUACAAAGGAAUUGAAGGAAAUUGCCAAGGAAUCUCCAAAGGAACCUAUACAAGUAGAGAAAGAAAAAGAAGUCAAUUCAGAACUGCCGAAGGAGAAAGAACCGAAGAAGACUAAAGAAGCAAAGGAAAGCAAAGAUAUAGUUAAAGAUAAGGAUAAAGAACCAGUGGAUAAUAGUAAGGAAAAGGAUACGAGGGAGUGUUCUAAAGAAAAAGAAUCAGUAGAUAAAGAUUUCACAGUCGAAACGACAGAAAAGCCGAAAGAUAAAGAACUUGACGUUGUCGACGGUUGCUCGCAGAGCGAAACUAAGAAACCACCGAAGAAAAAACGAAACCUUCUGCGUGGACCCAACCUGGUAAAAGGACGCCGUGAAGUUCCGAAGGAAGUUCCGUCCUCCAAUCCGCAGACCAACGGUAGCGAGGAAACGCCCAAACCAGAUGAAACGCUUUCGGUACAACCCAGCCUGAUGCCAGCAUUGCCAGUGGUUACCGCAGAACCGGCGGCUCCCGGAAUCGUACCGAUGAACUUUCCAAUUCACAAAACUCGCCGCGAUAUAGUUAUCACGGAAAACGUUGAUCCCAUUCCGGCACUGCGUUCUACUGUUAGCUCACUAAUUCACCGAACUGCCUCACCACGACCAUGGAAAUCUCCCGGGGAGAAAAAGCUCAUUCCAGCCACACCAUUAAUUUCUUCUGCACCGACCGCUACGGUUACACCAAUGUCUCCACCGCAGGUGGAACGUCAUCUAAUGGCCUGUUCGGCUGUGACGUCACCGUCCGCAGCCUUAAUUGUAGAUGCACAACCAUCGCCACAACACCAUCAGCAACAACCACAGAGUUUUCAUUCUGUCACUUCCCCGACCGUAGCCCAGCCGGAUGUUCUUGCGAGGAUUGGUCUUCCCAGCGCAGCACUGGCGUCUCCCCAGCCAAUCAAUUUCGGACCUGUUAUGACCCUAGUUAACCAAAUGCAGGACAUUGAUAACAAAAUGAGCGAUUUCCAGCGCCGCAAAAUGCAAAUCGACAGUGAAAUCAUGAGAUUAAACUCGGAAAAGUUCCAAAUCGAUCAGAACUCUAUGCAGCUGCAGAACGAUCGCUUUAUGGUGUUGAAUGCUCUACGAGCUGCUCUAGUGGAAUGCGAACUGAGUGCCCUGGCUGCAGCGCAGAGCGCAGCUGUGAUCGCACCGGUCGUGUCUAGCAAUCGCAGACGCCAACUCGUACCGGAAACGGAAGAGCCUCCCAGAAACAAGAGACGAAAGCCAGUCGAACCCGUUACUGUCCCACCCACCAACGAAAAUACUGCACAAGUACUAUCGUGUCCGGAACUUUCCGAACCAGAAGAAUCUUCCUCAACUCAACCCAGUACCGUCGCUAAUGGCUCCGAAAGGACCAUUCGGCGCAUUACCAAAAUAAGUGACAACACCCAAAUACUGAAGCUGUUUCAAAGACGCCGAAUGGUAUCGGAAAAAUCCGUCGAAGAAAGUCAAUCCGAAGACAGUAUUGUACAACUGACGGAAGCGCCAACGCCGGUUAAGCGUCGCCGAACCCGCACGGUACACGUAAUCGAGCAUGCCGAUCCGGUGGUCUCAUCGCCGCCGACCGGUCGAUUACGAAGCGAUGCGAACCGUGCGGUUGAACCGAAAAAAUCCGUCGAAGUUUCCGUACCAAUAGAGCAGCCUCCCCCGGCUAGCGUUGUGUCGGCUCCAAGCAUUCCGACCCCGUCCGCAUCCGCCUCGGCUCGACUAAAAAAGGACGAAGAAAUCCCGCUAACCGCUCACAAGAACCUGCUGACGCGGCAGGUCAAGAUCGUGCUUAGCAAGCUGAACGUUGCUGGUCGCCGCGGUACCACAUGAUCCCUGACGGCCGGUUGUCCCAACCGGUGAAACCGAACAUGACUCAUUCUCUGCAAAGUUUGGUAUUAUGUUUCAUUAGUUCGAACAAAAACAAAAACAAUUGUACUAUUUGAAAGUAAAACCGCAGGGAAAGACAUGACAGUCCAGUGAAAUUUAUUGAAAUAUAUGCGUCUUAGUUGUGGUAUUAUUCGUGUAUGCGCGAAUAGUACUUAAUAAAUUUAAUGUUUCACUAAUUUUCCCCCUCCAAAUUCAAAUGAUUGUACAUAGAUGUCAAAGACGCAAUGGAAACAAAAAAAUUAUAAAAGUCUUAAACAGGGCAUAUUUAAAUUAACGCGCAGAAACAGUCAGUCAUUUAUCAUACGAUCCAUGAUCAUAUUUGAACACGUGCAGCAAUAGGGACUACUUCGUUUAGAGAAAAAAAAACUAUACAAAUAUUCAAUCGUACGUAACAAUCCUCAACCGCCAAGUUGUUGAUCAAAAAAUUCCGGUUUUGUCAAGUGUGAAUAUUCAAAUUUAGUUGAAGAGUCAUACAUGUUAAGAAAUGGAAUGUUUUACACAAACACACAUUUGGCUUCCCCGUCUGUCACAGGCGGAGAUCGCACAUCCAAAGUGCAUUCGACUGACACCGGCAGCGGCAUACGGGACGACGGGACGUCCUGAGAACAUAAGAAUGCACCCCCGCCCACCCCGUCCUCCGGUGUGACCCCCGCUCCCCCACACCUUUUCGGAAGCAUAACGUGUGAACGUCGAAUGUCGAACGCGAGGGCAAUGUUAGGAUCCAAACAUGAAAUGAAA